UCUUCUUUCUUCUCCUUCAUUUUUUAGCCCUAAUUGUAUUCACCAUUCACAUUAUCACUAUAUACACAAUCAUCACUCAGAGGUGGAUCCAUAAUUUAAAAUUAAUAGAGAUAUUAAUUUUUGUGAAUUAUCUUCCGGAAUCCGAUAAUGAUAUCGGACUCCGCCAUGGAAGAUGACUAGAAUAUUCGAAACGCCGGCGUCUCACCUCCGCCAUUUCAAGCAAUCGUUGAAGACCAAAUCCUUAAUCUCCUCUUCAACCGACGAACCUCAAUUGAUCGAUAGCUUAUGGCGCCUCUAUAUUCUCGAUCCAAACAGCGACAUUGUCAAUCGCUGGAACUACGUGUUCCUCAUCACGUGUUUAAUCUCUCUUUUCAUCGAUCCUCUGUACUUUUACAUCCCUUACGUCAGCGAAAACGCUUGUAUGGCCACUGAUGACGAAGCGGCCACACAAAUUACCGUCUAUCGUACUCUUACGGAUGUUUUUUAUUUCCUACAUAUUCUUAUGAAGUUUCGAACGGCUUUUGUGGCGCCCAGCUCGAGAGUUUUUGGCCGUGGUGAGCUUGUUAUGGAUGCCAAAGAAAUUGCGAUUCGGUACCUCAAGACUGAUUUAAUUGUUGAUUUUACUGCCGCGCUUCCCCUGCCUCAAAUUGUCAUUAAAUAUGUCAUACCCGCAGCUAAAAGAAAUGGAUCUGGUCACUCCAAAAGUACUCUUGCUCUUAUCGUUCUCAUCCAAUACGUGCCAAGGUUGUUCGUUAUUUUUCCGUUAAAUCAGCAGAUUAUCAAAACUACAGGUUUUAUUGCUAAAACAGCUUGGGCAGGAGCAGCUUACAAUCUCCUUCUUUUCAUGUUAGCCAGUCAUGUGGCAGGAGCUUCAUGGUAUGUGGCAUCUAUAGGAAGACAGUACUCUUGCUGGUCGAAUGAAUGUAAGAAGGAACGUGAUGCAGUUCCACCGUGCGUGCCUGAUUUCUUAGAUUGUACAAGUGAUACGGAUACAUAUGUACGCGAUUAUUGGCGAAACAGCACGCAAGUGCUUGUAAAAUGUGAUGCUAUAAAUGAUGAAGAUUCUGGUUUUAAGUUUGGAAUUUUCGCUGACGCCUUUACUAAUGAAGUGGCUUCAUCAACAUUCAUGGAGAAAUAUUUAUACUGUCUUUGGUGGGGUCUAAGAAAUUUGAGUUCAUAUGGGCAGAAUUUGAAUACUAGCACUUAUAUUGGAGAAACAUUAUUCAGCAUUUCCAUAUGCAUCAUUGGCUUAGUUCUCUUUGCACAGCUUAUUGGAAACAUGCAGACUUAUCUGCAAUCUAUGACCGUAAAAAUUGAGGAAUGGAGAAUUAGAAAAAGAGAUAUAGAAGAAUGGAUGAGGCACCGACAGUUGCCUGAAGACUUGCAAGAACGUGUUCGUCGUUUUGAUCAAUGUAAAUGGCUUGCUACAAGAGGAGUUAAUGAAGAAGACAUCUUGCAAUCUUUGCCUUUGGAUCUUCGUCGUCAAAUCCAAAGACACCUAUGCCUUAAACUUGUUCGACGAGUUCCAUUUUUUGCACAAAUGGACGACCAGCUGCUUGAUGCAAUUUGUGAACGACUAGUCUCGUCCCUAAGCAUAAAGGGUACUUAUGUUGUUCGAGAAGGUGAUCCAGUAAAUGAGAUGCUCUUUAUCAUCAGGGGACAACUAGAGAGCUCCACGACAAAUGGGGGAAGAUCUGGAUUCUUCAAUUCUAUCACUCUUAGACCUGGUGAUUUCUGUGGUGAAGAAUUGCUGACAUGGGCCUUAGUUCCUAAUUCAACGCAAUUGCCUUCUUCAACUCGAACUGUGAGAACACUUUCUGAAGUUGAAGCAUUUGCACUUCGAGCUGAAGACCUUAAAUUUUUCGCGGUUCAGUUUAAACGUCUUCACAGUAAGAAGCUACAACAUGCAUUCAGGUAUUAUUCUCAACAGUGGAGAACAUGGGGUGCUUGCUUAAUACAGGCUGCAUGGAGAAGGUAUAGGAAGAAAAAGAUGGAAACUGAAUUGGCUUUACAAGAGAGCUAUUACUAUAAUCAAGAUCCUAACAACGAGGGUAACUACGAUUAUGAUCAAAAUUAUGAGGCUUUUGAAGAUGUUGGUCUUGAGCAACCAUUAGUAGGCAGUGCUCAUAGUUCCCAACAACUUGGAGCUACAAUUUUGGCUAAAAGAUUUGCUACUAAUACAAGAAGAGGAAUAGAACAGAAGGUUCAGAUGACUGAUUCUUCUUCCAGCUUAAAGAUGCCCAAGUUGUUUAAGCCAGAUGAGCCUGAUUUUUCUGCAGAAUGAAGCCAUUAAUUAAUUAGUUAGAACACCCAGCUUUACUGAAAGGUACUAGUGAGUAAUCAAAAAGCUAGUACACUUUUUGUUUGUAAAUUUCAGGAGCCAUAGGCCUUUGUCAAUUUUGACUACAAUAUUCCUCUUACAAUCAUGUGAAAUACAACCUUCUUUUGUACUUGAUUGUGCCUAAACUUGUGACGGAUGAUAAAGCUACAGAUAAUUAGGUGGUCAAAUUA